AUGACGCGAUCCGACGUCGAGGACGCCUCCGCGCGCGCGCGUGCGGAUGGUAACGGUAUCGCGUCGUCGUCCGUGGACGAAGAGGUGCGACCGACGUCGAGAUUAUGCGUGAAGAAUGUCCCGAAGCACGUGAAGGAGCAAAGACUUCGAGAGCACUUUGCGUCUCAGGGAGAGGUCACGGACGUCAAGGUUGUGCGAACGGCGGACGGGACGUCGAGACAGAUGGCGUUUGUGGGGUAUAAGACAGAGAAGGCGGCGACGCGUGCGAUGAAGUACUUUGAUAAGACGUUCAUCGACACGAGCAGGAUUGAGGUGACGUACGCGCGGAGCGUACACAGCGCGCAGAUCCCGAGGCCGUGGUCGAAGUACAGCGCCGGGAGCUCGGCGAAUAAGGAGGUUGAAAAGAAAAAGGCGCCGGCGAAGGAGGAGGAGGAGGGCGAGCGGUGGAUCGGGGCGCGAGAGGCUAAAAAGUUGGCUAAACAAAAAUUGAGAGAAAAGUACGACCCAAAGUACAAGGCGCAGCAGAUGAUGAAGGAGGAUCCAAAGUUUCGCGAGUUCAUGCAAUUGAUGAUGCCGCAGAAGUCCAAGUUUUGGAGCGAUGGUUUCUUCGAGGAUAUGGACACGCUGGAGCAGUAUAAGGAUUCCGAGAAGGUAUUGCGAGAGGAUGGCGACGCGGGGAGCAGCGAUGACGAGUACCAAGAUAUGGACGGUGACUCCAAGGGAAAGGAGCGGGAAUCAGGCUCCGACGGCGAAGAAUCCGCAUCGGACCUCGAAUCAGAUGACGAAGAGUCGGAUGAGGACGACGUGGCUCACGAUGACAAGGUUUCUGAUAUGGAUUACUUCAAGUUGAAACAGGGUGCUAUCAAUGACGAAUCCGAGUCUGAAUUCAGUUCGGAAUCAGAGGAGGACUCUGAAGACGAUAGUGAAUCAGAUUCUGACUCUGAAGUUCGCGAAGAUGAUAUCGAUGAUUUGGAUAAGUCUGAGGGCGAGGAGGCGAAUGAAGAAAAGUCUGAAGACGUCAAAGAGGUUGAGCCAAAGACCAAGGACGUGAACGCGGCGGACAUGGAGGCCCUGUCCGAAACCGGUCGAAUUUUCGUCCGAAACUUGCCCUACACGGCCACUGAAGAGGAAGUCGCGGAGCUUUUUGAGCAGUUCGGUAAGCUCAGUGCGGUGCACAUCCUCGUCGAUCGCAGCACAAAGCGAAGCAAAGGUUUGGCGUACGUGACGUUUGCCAUCCCCGAGGAUGGCGUGAAGGCGAUGGAGGCGGUAGAUGGUUCCAUCUUUCAAGGACGCUUGAUUCAUUUGCUCCCGGCGAAGCGCGCGCCACAGAUCGAUACUACCAUGGGUGGCGUCGGUCGCGUGGGCGGGGACGAUGAAGAAGAAGGGAAAAAGGAUUCGUUCAAGACUGAGCGCGACGCAGAGCGCAAAGCGGAUGCGGGUAACACGAAGGCUUGGAACUCGCUCUUCAUGCGCCAAGACACGGUCGCGGCUGCGAUUGCCGCGCAUUAUGGUGUGACAAAGGCUGAACUUUUAGAAUCCGGCGCGGACGAUCUCGCUGUGCGUAUGGCACUUGGUGAAGCUCAUGUCAUCGCGACAACAAAGCAGCAACUCACCGACUCUGGUGUGGAUGCAGAUUCGUUGGAGCGAUCUGCUGCUGCCAGCGGGGCAAAGAGUUCGAGCAGAGUCAAGCGAAGCAACUGCGUGUUGUUGCUGAAAAACUUGCCUUAUGAAGCCGAUGAAGACGAGCUCAAAGAGAUGUGCGAAAAGUAUGGCGGUUUGGCGAGGUUUAUUCUCCCAGAUACGCACACGAUCGCCGUUGUUGAGUUCCUCGAAGCUGCAGAGGCGCGACGUGCGUUCACUAGUCUGGCUUAUAAGCGUUACAGGCAUGUCCCUUUGUACGUCGAGUGGGCACCGGAUGAUAUUUUCGCUGCUACCUCAAAGGUGGACAUUAAGGGAGCCAAAGCUUUGGCCGUUGCCGAGGCGGAAAGCGAUCUGGCACAAGCCGCUCGGGAGAAGACCAAGGCGAAGGUGGACGCGACGAGCGACCUCGCUGGCAAGAGUUCAAACGACGAUGCGCUGUCGAUCUUCGUAAAAGGCUUGGAUUUCGGAACCACGGAGAACAAGUUACGUUCGCACUUCCUCGUCGCGGCGCAGCGCGUCUCCGGUCGAGUCGUAUCCGUUAGAAUUGUUACCCACCGUGGUCCUGGCGGAAAGACGCUCAGUCGAGGAUUUGGCUUUGUGGAGCUUGACAGUCACCGCACCGCCAAAUCUGUCCUAAACGCGCUCCAAGGGUCAUCUCUUGACGGAAAGACACUCAAACUCGAGCUCAGCUCGCAGGGUAGCGGUCGUGAAGAUGAUGGCAAGGAGAGCUCAAAAGUUCCCACGGGAUUCAGCGCCACGAAACUCGUCAUUCGAAACGUCGCGUUCGAGGCGACCAAGCGAGACAUUCAGAAGCUCUUCAAUCCGUUCGGUCAGCUCAAGCAGGUUCGCUUGCCCAAAAAGUUCGACGGCGCGCAUAGAGGCUUCGCUUUUGUCGAGUUCAAUACCGCUCGCGAGACGCAGGCGGCGAUGGAUGCGCUCAAGGGCACGCACUUGUAUGGCAGACAUGUUGUGCUCGAGCGCGCGGCGGAUGACGAUGACGACGUGGAAGUGAUUCGAAAGAAGACCACCUCCAAGUUCGACUCGAACGAGAAUGCGAAGAAACGCGCGCGGCUUAGCUCUUAG